UACUUUUGUUGUAUUUCAUUUUCAUUCUCAAUUCUCAAUUCUGUUUUUGCAUAGGGACGACGAGUGGAACAGAGAAGCCAUCAUGCUGAGAGCUCCGACUCCCAGCAGUCUCUCCAACCACCUCACUCCGAACAGUCUCUCAAACCACCCGACUCCGGAGAUCGAGUCUUCUUCGCAUCAACUAACGCCGCAACCGCUGCCUCCGCAGCCGCAGAGGUCUUCUUCUUCCUCUUCUUCCGCUUCCAGGGCUCAACUCCACCCCGCCCGACCCGCUAUCAUCGAUCUCUUUAACCUCUACUUAGGAGUGAAUGCGCGGCAAAAGUCGGAUGACUCAAUUCGAGAACCUCCCAACAAGACGCAGAAGCGGGUUACGGCUCUGAACAGGGAGCUUCCUCCCCAAAAUGAACAAUUCCUCAUAGAUUUUGAGCAGCUGCAGAGCCAAUUUACUGACCAGGAACAAUUGCAUGCUGUGACGGAAUCUGUUCUUAUUUCUUUGGUUAUUCAGUGUAGCAGCCAUGCUCAUCGAGCAGAAUUUCUUCUCUUUGCAAUACGUGGCCUGUGUAGUAUAGGGUAUAUAAACUGGGAUACUUUCUUGCCAUCCCUUCUUUCUUCAGUUUCAUCAGCAGACAUGUCUGUUAGUCAGGGAACUCAACUUGCAGGUGCUGGAUCUUCUGCUGCUUUAUCACAGUCUGGGAUGUUGCCCAAUUCCACUGCAGUAACUAAUGCCUCUAAUUUUCAGUCGUCAAAUCCUGCAUCUCCUUUGCCCAAAAUCCAUGGUAUUGGAUCACCUGUGCAGUCUGCAGCUGAACCAUCUUCUGUCACUUUGUCUCCCAUGAAGUCAUCUGAUGUUAAUGGCACAGGCCAACAGUCUAUGGCAAGAGUAAAUCUAUUAUUAAGGGAUAAUGCACUAAACAGUCUGCACCAGUUGUGUUGCAAAAUAAUUUUAACUGGUUUGGAAUCUAAUCUGAAGCCUGCAACACAUGCUGACAUUUUACAUCAUAUGUUGAAUUGGUUGAUCAGUUGGGACCAAAAACAUGAUAUUGGUGACUUUGACAGUUCAAAACAUUGCAAGCACGAUAAGAUGGAUAAUGAGUGGCUACACAGUUGCUUAGAUGUAAUAUGGUUGUUUGUUGAAGAUGACAAAUGUCGUGUACCCUUUUAUGAACUUCUCCGCAGUGGAUUGCAAUUUAUAGAAAAUAUACCAGAUGAUGAAGCACUGUUUACUCUUAUUUUAGAGAUCCACCGUAGGAGGGAUAUGAUGGCUAUGCACAUGCAAAUGUUAGAUCAGCACCUUCACUGCCCAACAUUUGGCACUCCUAGACUUUUGCCUCAAGGCACCUCAAAUAUGUCUGGUGAAUCUGUGAGUAACAUGAGAUACUCGCCAAUUACAUAUCCUAGUGUGCUAGGAGAGCCGCUGCAUGGAGAGGACCUUGCUGCUUCUAUCCAAAGAGGAAGUCUGGAUUGGGAGCGAGCUGUGCGAUGUCUAAGGCAUGCUCUUCGCAGCACUCCAUCACCAGACUGGUGGAGGCGAGUACUUCUUCUGGCUCCUUGUCACAGGCAUAAUGCCCAGGCUCCAACUCCUGGCGCAGUAUUCACAGCAGAAAUGAUUUGUGAGGCAACGAUUGAAAGGAUUGUUGAAUUGUUAAAGCUGACUAAUUCAGAAAUCAAUUGCUGGCAGGAGUGGCUCAUAUUUUCAGAUGUAUUCUUUUUUCUCAUGAAAAGUGGAUGCAUUGAUUUUGUUGAUUUUGUGGACAAGCUAGUUUUACGGCUCCAAGAAGAUGACCAACAUAUACUUAGGACGAAUCACGUUACAUGGCUGCUGGCACAAAUUAUUCGGGUUGAGCUAGUGAUGAAUGCUUUAAAUUUGGACUCAAGAAAGGUGGAGACAACCAGAAAAAUUGUGUCAUUUCAUAAAGAGGAGAAAAGUUCGGACCCUAAUAAUCCCCAAAGUAUCCUCCUUGAUUUCGUAAGCAGUUGUCAGAACUUGAGGAUUUGGUCGCUGAAUACAUCAACUAGAGAGUAUCUGAACAAUGAGCAGCUUCAAAAGGGAAAGCAAAUAGAUGAGUGGUGGAGGCAAGUGAGCAAAGGGAGCAUGAUGGAUUAUAUGAAUUUGGAUGAUAGAUCAAUUGGGAUGUUUUGGGUUGUGUCUUACACAAUGGCACAGCCUGCUUGUGAAACAGUGAUGAAUUGGUUAACUUCAGCUGGAUCUACAGAGCUGUUAACUGGACAAAAUUUGCAGUCCAAUGAGAGGAUAAUGGUGAUGCGUGAAGUUGUUCCUUUGCCAAUAUCUUUGUUAUCAGGGUUCUCCAUAAAUUUAUGCCUGAAACUUGCUCUUCAGAUAGAGGAUUCUAUGUUUUCUGGGCAGGUACCUAGCAUUGCUAUGGUUGAAACGUACUGUAGGUUGCUGCUCAUAGCUCCUCAUUCGUUAUUUCGCUCUCACUUGAAUCAUCUCACACAGAGGAACCAAGCCACGCUGACCAAGCCUGGAAACACGAUAUUGGUGUUUGAAAUUCUCAACUACCGUCUGCUUCCACUGUACAGAUAUCAAGGGAAGAGCAAGACUUUGAUGUAUGAUGUCACCAAAAUGAUAUCUACGCUAAAAGGGAAACGUGGAGAUCACCGCAUUUUCAGAUUGGCUGAAAAUCUAUGCAUGAAUCUUAUUUUGUCAAUGAGAGAUUUUUUCUUUGUGAAGAGGGAAGGGAAGGGUCCAACAGACUUUACUGAGACUUUGAAUCGCAUAACUGUUACUACUCUUGCAAUUAUUAUCAAAACUCGUGGAAUUGCAGAGUUUGAGCACCUACUCUAUCUUCAGACAAUGUUGGAGCAGAUAUUGGCAACUAGUCAGCAUACUUGGUCAGAGAAGACACUUCGAUAUUUCCCAUCUAUCUUACGUGAUGCAUUGAGCGGCCGAAUGGAUAAAAGGUGUGGCCAAAUGGAUAAAAGGACUCUGGCAAUCCAAUCAUGGCAACGGGCAGAAACGACUGUAAUUAAUCAAUGCACCCAGCUUCUUUCACCAUCAGCUGAUCCAACAUAUGUUGUGACUUACAUUAACCACAGCUUUCCUGAGCACCGCCAAUAUCUUUGUGCUGGUGCAUGGAUAUUGAUGCAUGCACAUCCUGAGAACAUCAACAGUGUAAACCUGGGACGUGUCUUGAGGGAGUUUUCUCCUGAAGAGGUUACCUCCAAUAUAUACACAAUGGUAGAUGUUCUGCUUCAUCAUAUUCAUUUGGAACUGCAGAGAGGGCAUCCUUUGCAGGAUCUUAUGCUAAAGACAGUUUCCAAUCUUUCAUUUUUUAUCUGGACCCAUGAGCUGCUGCCACUAGAUAUCUUGCUGCUGGCACUUAUAGACCGUGAUGAUGAUCCACAUGCUUUGCGCAUUGUGAUUAAUUUACUGGAUAGUAAAGAGCUUCAACAAAAAGUGAAACUGUACCUUGUAAAUCGUGGCCCUCCUGAGCAUUGGGCUCAAACUGGACCUUUCAAGCGUGCUGAAUUGCAAAAAGCUCUUGGAAAUCAUCUCUCUUGGAAGGAAAGAUACCCAACAUUCUUUGACGACAUUGCGGCUCGCCUGCUUCCAGUUAUCCCCCUAAUCAUCUACAGAUUUAUUGAAAAUGAUGCUAUGGAUGCAGCUGAUAGAGUCCUGCAAGUUUAUGCUACCUUUCUUCAUUAUUAUCCUCUAAAUUUCACAUUUGUUCGUGAUAUUCUUGCGUAUUUCUAUGGUCACCUUCCUGGGAAGCUAAUACUCCGUAUACUAAAUGUGUUGUGUAAAAAGGUUCCAUUUUCUGAGCCAUUUCUUCAACAUAUUAACACAACUAAUGCUAUGAUGUGCCCUCCAUUGGAUUACUUUGCUACACUGUUAUUGGGUCUGGUAAAUCAUGUUAUUCCUCCUCUAAAUAGCUCAACCAGAUCUGGGCAAAUGGGAGAUGUCUCAAGCAGUUGUGGUCGUGCUCCACCUAGCAAGACACAAGCAACUUCUCAACCUGGAUCAACAAAUUCUUAUGAAGGCCAGAAACCUUUCUAUCAAAUUCAAGACCCUGGGACAUACACUCAAUUGGUGCUGGAAACAGCAAUAAUUGAGAUACUCUCUUUUCCAGUUUCAGCAUCCCAAAUUGUCUCUUCACUUGUUCAAAUUGUUCUCCACAUACAACCAACACUUGUUCAAUCAAGCAAUGGGCUACAUGGAACUCCUAGCAGUGCUGGACAGAGCUCAGUUUUGCCUACUUCUCCCUCUGGAGGGAGUACUGAUUCACUUGGUGCAACCAGGACAGCUCCUUCUGUUUCUGGAAUGAAUGCGUUUGUGUGGCGCACUGGUUAUACAUGCCAGCAGUUAUCUUGCUUGUUAAUCCAAGCUUGUGGUCUUCUAUUAGCUCAACUUCCUCCAGAGUUUCAUGUACAGCUGUAUUUAGAAGCUGCACGUGUGAUAAAAGAGAGUUGGUGGCUCAAUGAUGGGAAAAGGUCUGUGGGUGAACUAGAAUCUGCUGUUAGCUAUGCUCUAUUGGAUCCCACAUGGGCUGCCCAGGACAAUACUUCAACAGCCAUUGGUAAUGUUGUUGCACUACUACAUGCGUUCUUCAGUAACCUUCCACAGGAAUGGCUCGAGGGAGCACAUCUCAUCAUUAAACAUCUCAGACCUGUGACAUCUGUUGCAGUGUUGAGAAUAGCAUUUCGUAUAAUGGGCCCUUUGCUACCAAGGUUGGCGAAUGCUCAUCCCCUUUUCAAUAAGACACUGUCACUACUUUUAAACGUACUGGUGGAUGUGUUUGGGAGGAACACACAGCCUCCAAUUCCUGUUGAAGCUUCGGAGAUAGCUGAUAUCAUCGACUUCUUGCAUCAUGUAAUCCAUUAUGAGGGGCAAGGAGGGCCAGUUCAAGCAAAUAGCAGACCUAGAGCUGAAGUUCUGGCUCUUUGUGGAAGGGUAGCCGAAAGCUUGCGGCCUGAUGUGCAGCAUCUUCUUUCUCAUUUAAAACCGGACGCAAAUUCAUCUAUUUAUGCGGCGACACACCCAAAACCCGUUCAGAACCCCCCCGCAUAAUUCUGACUGCUACAAGUGGAGUAUACCGAUUAUCUUGGUGCACCAAUCUGAGUAUGUUCAUAACAUGAUUGAAAUGAUAAUCAAAAUGGCUCAACUUGUCCAUCGUAUAAAAUCAUUAGUUAAUUAGUACGGAGUAAUAGAUAAGUAAUAUGCAAAGUGUAAACAGUCAUUUAAGAAUACCUAUCUAGUUCAUUUUGUCUUUUUACAUGUCCUCCUAUCAUGACCAAGUUUGCAAAUGCCAUAUUGAGUCACUAUUUUACCUUUUCUUUGA